AGCCUGGCUCCGAGGCUCGCAGCCGCACGCCCUGGGCGGCCCUGCCGCAGCAGCGGCGCGCACGCAUGCGGCGCCACCUGCCAGGCCCUCUUCGAUGAUCCUCGGGACGCGUGCUCGUCCAAUGGCCCCGAGAGGCUGAAAAUAGCCGAGCGUUUCUCGUCGCGAUUGGCAAAACCCGACGGAUUGGGGAAAACAUAUCGUCAGAUCUAUGGGUCGUCGGCGCCUCCGCAUGGCGCCGGCCAGCCCUCCGCGGCCACGGCACCGCGGCCGCCGCCGCCGCGGCGCCGCUGGCCCUGCUGCCGAUGGCGCCGGCCGGCGGGUUGGCCCUGGAGAGGGCGCUGGACAGCUGCACGAGCUGCCCGAUGCGACGGCCUCGGCGUUGCGCGGCCGUUUCCUGGCGGCCCACGCGGGCGUGCUGCUGGCCCGCGGGCAGCGGCCAGCCAGCGAGCAGGGCCUCUUCCUCGCCAAGCGCGUCGCGGGCCUCGGGGCCUUCGUGCGCACCUCCCAGGGCGCCGUGCAGCCGUACGCGGCGCAGGGGCGGCGAGGUACGCCAGAGGCGGAGCUGCCGCGCGGCUCCGACUUCUGGCACCAGGACAGACAAUUCGUACCUGGCCAGCCCUGCUCGCUUCACCGCCCUCUACGCCACGGACGAGGUCCCCGCGGGGGAGGGCGACACCCUAUUUGCGAACUUGGUGGCGGCGUGGGACGCGCUCGAGGAGCCCGUGCGGCAGGCUGCCCGCCGCCUGGAGUGCUGGCACUGCCACGCGCACAACGGCGGCGAGCCGCACCCGCAGCACCAGCGCGGGCCCUUGCUGCCGGCGCAGCGCCACCCACUGGUCCACAGGACCGCCCGCGCCCGCGCCGAGAAGCGGGCCCUCGCCGCAUGGGCGCGGUGGCGGAUUUGCGCGGCCCCGACGUCCCAGAUGGGCCCGCGCGCGCGGAGGCGGCGGGGCUGCUGAGGGAACUGCUGGAGCACGCGCUGAGGCCCGAGUUCGUCUUCCGGCACCGCUGGUCGCCAGGAGAGACCUACUCAUCUGGGACAACCACGUCGUGAUGCACAGGGCCACUACGAUCGAUAUGUCCGCGGAGUCAAAGCGCGUCAUGUUUCGGAUGUGUUUCGGUGAUUGACGUAGCGUGCGUCGUCUGACAAAAAAGAAGAAACGCCGCAGGAGCUCCGAGCCACAGUGGUCGCCAGGAGACCUGCCCAGCUGAGGUAACCACGCCGUGAUUCACACGGGGCCGCACAUUGAGCCCCACACGGCGGACACACCCACGGACCCAGCGCGCGACGUGGUUCGGGCGUGCUCGUGGUGGGCGCGGCUU